CCCGCGUCCCCGUACGGCCACAUGGCUCGGUUCGGCGCGCUGCUGUCCUGCCUGCUGCCCUUGCACUGCGCGCUCUGUGCCGCCGCGGGCAGCGGGACCCCAGAGCUGCGCCUCUCUGGGAAGCUCAGCGACUUCGGUGUGACCGUGCCCUGCAGCACAGAUUCCCAGGGCCACUUUCUCUCCCAUGUGGUAUCCGGCCCAGCGGCAGCCUCUGUGGGGAGUAUGGACAUGGACGGUCCACUCCCACCGCCGUCACACUCCGGUCACCUGCGGGUGCCUCGCAGCCCCCUGCGGACCGCCGGGGCCGGGCGCUACUUCCUCUACUUCAACGUGACUGUCUUCGGGGAACAGCUGCACUUGCACCUGCGGCCCAACCGGAGGCUGGUGGUGCCAGGAGCCUCGGUGGAGUGGCAGGAGGAUUUUCGGGAGCUGUUCCGGCAGCCUUUGCACCAGGACUGUGUAUACACUGGCGGUGUCACCGGCAUGCCUGGGGCAGCUGUUGCUAUCAGCAACUGUGAUGGAUUGGCUGGCCUCAUCCGCACCGACAGCACUGACUACUUCAUUGAGCCUCUGGAGCGGGGGCGGCAGGAGGAGGAAGAGGCCGGUGGGAGGACGCACGUGGUGUACCGCCGGGAAGCCGUGCGGCGGCCGUGGGCAGAGCCUCACGGGGACCUGCACAAUGAAGCUUUCGGCCUGGGUGACCUUCCCAACCUGCUGGGCCUGGUGGGAGAGCGGCUGGGUGAGGUGGAGCGGAAGCGGCGGCACGCCAGGCCCGGCAGCUACAGCAUCGAGGUGCUGCUGGCGGUGGACGACUCGGUGGUGCGCUUCCACGGCAGGGAGCACGUGCAGAACUACGUCCUCACCCUCAUGAACAUCGUGGACGAGAUUUACCACGACGAGUCCCUGGGGACCCACGUGAACAUCGCCCUUGUCCGCCUGGUCAUGGUCGGCUACCGACAGUCCCUGAGCCUGAUCGAGCGUGGGAACCCCGCACGUAGCCUGGAGCAGGUGUGUCGCUGGGCUCACUCCCAGCAGCGCCAGGACCCCAGCCAUGCUGAGCACCACGACCACAUGAUCUUCCUCACCCGGCAGAACUUUGGGCCCUCAGGUAUGCAAGGGUAUGCACCUGUCACCGGCAUGUGCCACCCCCUGAGAAGCUGUGCUCUCAACCAUGAGGAUGGCUUCUCCUCUGCCUUCGUGGUGGCCCAUGAGACUGGCCACGUGCUCGGCAUGGAGCAUGAUGGGCAGGGGAACGACUGCGUGGACGAGACCAGCCUGGGCAGUGUCAUGGCCCCGCUGGUGCAGGCCUCCUUCCACCGCUUCCACUGGUCCCGCUGCAGCAAGCUGGAGCUGAGCCGCUACCUCCCCUCCUACGACUGCCUCCUCGACGACCCCUUUGAACCCACCUGGCCCCAGCCCCCGGAGCUGCCUGGGAUUAACUACCCAAUGGACGAGCAGUGCCGCUUCGAAUUUGGCAGUGGGUACCAGACCUGCGUGGCGUUUAGGACCUUCGAGCCCUGCAGGCAGCUGUGGUGCAGCCACCCCGACAACCCCUACUUCUGCAAGACCAAGAAGGGGCCCCCGCUGGACGGGACCGACUGCGCACCAGGAAAGUGGUGCUUCAAAGGUCACUGUGUCUGGAAGUCUCCUGAGCAGACUUACGGCCAGGAUGGAGGCUGGAGCUCCUGGACCAAGUUUGGGUCCUGUUCACGGUCAUGUGGGGGCGGGGUGCGAUCCCGCAGCCGGAGCUGUGACAACCCCCCCCCAGCCUAUGGAGGCCGCCCAUGCUCUGGGCCCAUGUUCGAGUACCAGGUCUGCAACAGCCAGGAGUGCCCAGGGCCCUACGAGGACUUCCGGGCCCAGCAGUGUGCCAAACGCAACUCCUACUACGUCCACCAGAACGCCAAGCACAGCUGGCUCCCCUACGAGCCUGAUGAUGACUCCCAGAAGUGUGAGCUGAUCUGCCAAUCAGAGGACACGGGGGACGUGGUGUUCAUGAACCAGGUGGUGCACGAUGGCACUCGCUGCAGCUACCGGGACCCGUACAGCGUCUGCGCUCGCGGCGAGUGUGUGCCUGUCGGCUGUGACAAGGAGGUGGGGUCCAUGAAAGCGGAUGACAAGUGUGGAGUCUGUGGUGGUGACAACUCCCAUUGCAGGACUGUGAAGGGGACGCUGGGCAAGGCCUCCAAGCAGGCAGCAGAUCUCAAGCAAGUGCAGAUCCCAGCCGGCGCCAGGCACAUCCUGAUCGAGGGGCUGGAGAAGAACCCCCAUGGCAUCGCGGUAAAGAGCCAGGUCACGGGAAACUUCAUCCUCAACCCCAAGGGCAAGACGGCCCCGAGCCGGACCUUCAUCGCGCUGGGCCUGGAGUGGGAGCACUCGGUGGAAGAUGCCAAGGAAAGCCUCAAGACCAGCGGGCCCCUGCCCGAAGCCGUCGCCGUGCUGGUGCUCCCCCUGGCGGAGGGCGGCCCCCGCAGCAGCCUGGCCUACAAGUACGUCAUCCACGAGGACCUGCUGCCCCUGAUAGGGAACAACAACGUGCUCCUGGAGGAGACGCACUCCUACGAGUGGGCGCUCAAGAGCUGGUCUGCCUGCUCCAAGACCUGUGGAGGAGGUAUCCAGCUCACCAAGUACGGCUGCCGCCGCAGACAGGACCACCACAUGGUGCAGCAGCACCUGUGCGACCACAGGAAGAGGCCCAAGCCCAUCCGCCGGGGCUGCAACCUGCGGCCCUGCUCCCAGCCCACGUGGGUGACAGAGGCAUGGGGCGCCUGCAGCCGGAGCUGCGGGAAGCUGGGGGUGCAGACUCGGGGGGUGCAGUGCCUGCUGGUGGUCUCCAACAGCACCCGCAAGGCCAUGCCUGCCAAAGCCUGCCCCGGCGAGCGGCCUGAGGCCCGGCGGCCCUGCCUGCGUGUGCCCUGCCCCGCCCAGUGGCGGACAGGAGCCUGGUCGCAGUGCUCUGUCACCUGCGGGGAAGGCAUCCAGCAGCGGCAGGUGGUGUGCCGGAGCAGCGCCAACAGUCUCGGGCAGUGCGAGGCGGCCAAGCCAGACACCGUGCAGAUCUGCAGCCUGCCCCGCUGUGGAGGGACUCUCCCGAACGACACGGUGAAGGCUGAUACCCGGGAGCCUGUGACCACAGAAGAGCCGUGGGUGCCACCCUCUGGGCCCCGACCUCCCACGGACAAAAUACCGGCAGCAGAGCCCUGCGUGGGGGACCGGUCCAUCUUCUGCCAGAUGCAAGUGCUUGAUCGCUACUGCUCCAUCCCCGGCUACCACCGCCUAUGCUGUGCCUCCUGCACCAAGAAGGCCUCGGCCCGUGACCCCAGCCCAGACCCCAGCCCAGCCUCACCACCCUCCUCCUCCACUCCUGGUGACCCCUCCCCAGGUGCUGCGGUGCCCACCGAAGGGCCGGCAGGAGCAGAUCAUCAGCACAGUCCAUCCACAGAGCCCCCAGGACCUAUGGACGCGAGCUCUGCGGUCACCCAACAUCGCCCUGCUUCCCAGAAACUGAGCCCCCAAGAAUUUGGGGACCUUUUCUCUACCACUCCCCAGGCAAUGCCUUGGGGCUGGACCCGGGUACCUGUGCCAGCCUCUGAGGUUACAGGACAGCCCUGGGAGGACCCAACACAUGGAGGCACCAGCCUUCCUACCACCUCCCCGGUGACAUGAGCCCAGCCUGGCCUGGCCUGCCAGUCACGUUUACAUGCUGUGCCCCUCGGCACCCCCAGCGCCCCCAGCUCAGGGGACACGCAAUGGGGCGGGGCAAGCACAGACUUCCUUUUAAGUUAUUUCCUUCUUGUUCUCCUGUGGGGCCGCGAUACUCUUUGCUGGUGACAGGGGUGGGAGCGAGAGGAUGAUCAGGGAAAGCUCCAACCUGAGAUACCUCAGAAGUAGCCCAGCAGGGGCUGGGCCUCACGGGGCCUGUGUGUCCCUCCGGCCUGCACCGAGGGCCAGCUGCUGCCCCUCCACCUAGAGCCUGGCCCAGGCAAGUCUGAAGCCCACACUGGGAGCCGUCUGGGCUGCCUGCUUCUCCAGAACUCGUGGGGACCCCAGUGGAUGCCCCAGAAAGGCAAAGCAGGGGCGGGGCUUUGGGGAGGCUGUACACAGAGCAGGCUGAGAGUGGGGGCAGGGGGCCUUCCCUGCUGCCAGGCUGGGGUAGGUAGGAGGCCAAGGGCUCCAUGCAGCUCCACAAGCUGAGGCCGGGAGCGGAGUCUGGGCAGCACCUGCAGCCACAUCCUGUCCUGCAGACGUCACCUCUCAUUAUUCUGGUGACUCCAGUUACAGGCUGGCCUCCCAGCCGAGGAGGCUCAGGACCCCCUGGACCCCAAGUCCUCAUUGUCUGUGGGGUUCUGCACUGGUGCUUGGCCCCUGGCAGGACCAGGAAGGGAACUUCGGUCAUCACUCUGGGUGGCGAAAGGGACUGGACACAGAGGAGAUGGGAGGUCUCAGGCUGGACCCCUUGGAAGAUGCUCCCUGCCAGACACAGCCCCCGCCGGAGUCCGGGCCUACUCCUGCCUGGCCUGAGCAGGGCUGCAGAUGUGUGGUGCUCUGAGGGGCGGGGCGAGUGCUGGCUCCAGGGCGGAGGACCAGAGUUGGAGCCAGGCCUGGGGAUGACAAGGGUCAUCGGGGCUGAGGGCCCAAGGCAGAUGCCAGUGUCUGCCCCAGGGCCAGGUGGGGAGGACACACUGACCCACAGUGCUCAGGGCCUCUGCCUGGCUUAGCCUCUCUCUGUAUCACCUGUGAGGGGCAGGCAGCAGCCGUAGACCCUCUAGCUCUCAGGGUGCCUCCUAGGGCCUCCCUCUCAGGGUGUGCACUCAUAGAGGGGCCCAGGGAGGCUUGUCGGUGCUUCUUUCCCAGAGCAGUGGCUGUUCUGAGCCAGCUGGAAGAAGAGGAGCGGCAGGCCCCUGGCCUGCAUCCCCUUGGGGCCCGAGGGUGCCAGGGCCUCCUCGGGUGCUGUCUUCCACAUUGCCCUGCCCCUACCCAGGAUGCUGGGGUGCGUGCUCUGCCUGUGGGUGCAGGCAUGGCCCACCUGCAGGUGGGAACUCUUGUGCCUUGGAUAUCCAGACCUGUAAACGUGUAUUUAUUAACCUUGCCCUUGGUGUGUUGUUUUGGACCCAAAAGAU